CUUUAUAAAGCAGUCAGUAUUAUAGGGUUUUCGACCUAUCUUUUUUUCGCUCGUAUGUACUUUUGACGUUUUACUGUGUGUUGUAAAUCUUCCUCAUCUUCAAUUUGUUGGGAAAUUUAACGAUUCUAUGACAGAGACAGACAGUGUGAAAGAGGAAGAUCCACGUACAUCAAUCUGAAUCAAUACAAUCAUCAACUCCUAGAUUCUUCAGAUCAUCUGAAACUAUUAAAGUCGUUCAGCUCAACAUUUGAAUGCUUAUAGCAUUAAAUAAAAUUAACCUUAAAAUAUAUAUACUAUUUAUCGGUAUACUAUUUUAUCGGUAAUAAUAAAUUUUUAUUUUUAUUAAAUAAAAAUGAUAUAGUAUUCACAAACUUUUAACUUGUUAUGAAUUAAAGAUAUUUAAGAAAAUUAAAACUUUAAAUAAAAAAAAAUAAAAAAAUAUAUGCGAAGUUUUUAAAAAAAAUAAAAACUCAUUUUUUAAAAGAAGAGAUAGAAGAGAAAAUAAAAGAAGCUUUUUCAAAUUAGAAAUUAAAUAUUUGAAUUGAUUUAUCGAGACAAUAGGUCUGAAGAUUUCCUUGCGACAAGAAAUUAUUAUUUCCGGCGAAACGGAUUCAGCGAGAGAAAAAAAUUGCUUUAAAAGCAAUUCCUCGAAUAGAAAAGCUACGGGGAUUUGGAGACGCAAACGGAGAAGAAUUAGAAAUAUCAAAGAAAAAUGGCGUAUGAUGAUGUUAUACUUCAAAUGGGAGAAUUUGGCCACUAUCAGCGCAGAAUUUAUUUGUUGCUUUGUUUACCAGCAAUAUCUUGCGCUUUUCAUAAAAUCGCUGGUGUCUUUUUGAGCGCGAAAAUGAAUGCCCGAUGUUUGUUACCACAUGAAAAUUUGGAGAAUGCCACAUAUUUUUUAUCUCCAUAUAUGAUGAAUACGAGUUAUCCGUUAGAUUACAAUCAGCAAGAAUUAUUACAGUGUUACAGAUUGGAUAUUUUUAAUAUUUUUAACGAGACAAUGAUUAAUAGACAUAUCAAUACAGAUGAUUCAUUUAACCAAAAACCAUUCAUUUCAAAUAAUAUUCAAGCACUGCAGCCAUGCGAGGCAUAUGUCUAUGAUAGAAGCAAAUAUAAAAGUACCACUACUUCUGAGUGGAAUUUAAUUUGUGAUAAGGCAUGGUUAAGAGCUACGGGGGAUUCGUUAUUCAUGGUAGGAGUUAUGCUUGGCUCGAUGAUUUUUGGUGCUUUGUCUGACAAAUUUGGACGUAGACCAAUUUUUUUCCUGUCUUUAGUUAUACAGUUAGUUGGUGGUAUACUAGUCGCAAUUUCACCCGAGUUUAUUUCCUAUGUAAUCUUCAGGUUAAUAGUAGGUUCAACUACUAGUGGAGUUUUUUUGGUGGCCUACGUAAUAGCCUUGGAAAUGGUAGGUCCAAGGAAGCGUUUGGUAGCUGGAGUUGGCUGUCAAUUAUUCUUCACAACUGGAUAUAUUUUAACUGCUGGUUUCGCAUAUUUUAUAACUGAUUGGAGAAUGCUACAAGUCGCUAUCACUGUACCUAGUAUUGCAUCUUUUUAUUGGUGGUUCAUUCCUGAAUCCGCUCGUUGGUUAUUAACGAAAGGUCGGAUUCAAGAAGCAAAAGAUCUUCUUCAACGAGCCUCUUCGGAAAAUGGCGUAGAGAUGCAAAGUGAAGCUCUAGAUACACUUCUUAAUAAUAAUAGUGAAGAAAGUGCACCAGAUUUUAAGAAACCAUCAUUAUUUGAUCUUUUUCGUUAUCCAAAUUUAAGACGAAAAAGUAUUCUGCUAUUCUUUAAUUGGCUUGUAAAUAGUGGUACAUAUUAUGGACUAUCUUGGCAUGUGUCUAAUCUUGGUGGCAAUGAUUACGUUAAUUUUGUUAUUUCCGGACUUGUUGAAAUACCUGCGUAUACGUUUUUAAUUUUCACAUUAAACCGUUGGGGUAGAAAAAUCAUCUUAUGUGGUUGUAUGCUAAUAUCUGGACUUUCACUACUUGGUAUUUUGCUUGUACCUGUUGAUUCUCAAUGGCUCAUAGUAUGUUUAGCAAUGAUCGGUAAGCUCACGAUUACAUCAUCGUAUGGCGCUAUUUAUGUUUUUACUGCUGAACAGUUUCCUACGGUUAUUCGAAAUGUUGGUCUUGGAGCAAGUUCAACUUUUGCACGAAUUGGUGGUGUAAUUGCUCCAUAUGUCAUUCACUUGUCUGAAAUCUGGAUGCCUUUACCAUUUGUUAUUUUCGGAUCGUGCGUACUUUUUGGUGGAGCGAUGUCAUUACUCCUUCCAGAAACAUUAAAUAAAAAACUUCCAGAAUCUAUACAAGAUGGUGAAUUAUUCGGAAUGAAAUCGAAGAAAAUAAAAAAGCAACAAUUAGAUAUAGAACAACUAAAUGAAAUUGAUGUAAUAAAACCAUUAAAACUGCAAGAAAAUGGAAUUCAUGAAAAGCAAAUUGGAUGACAUUAAAUUAUAAAAAAAUACCAAUUAUGCUCAAAGUAUUUUCGUCUAAUUAUAUUUCAAUCUAAACUGUAUACAUUAAGCAUCUAGAAACACAACAUAUACAACUUUAUGUAUACAAUGUGAUCAUUUAUGUAUAAUGUGAAAGAUAAUAUGAAAGAUUGAAAUAU